UGCUGCGCCAUACCAUUAUAACAUAGCUGUGGCGCGCGUAAACGCUUCAAAUCCUCCGCCUAGUCGUCACAUUGUACUUCUUUCGAUUAACCAGGGACAAAGACUUAACCCAAGGCUCCUAUUUCUUGUUCCUAAUUCCAAAUCUCGGCCUUUAUUAAUACCUACCCCCGACUUUGAGGAAGUAACUCCGACUGCUCCGUCUUUAUCCAUUCCAACUUUUCAGCAAACACAACAGCAAGUAUGUUUGAGGCUCGCUUGGUCCAAGGAUCCAUCUUGAAGAAGGUGCUGGAGGCCUUGAAGGAUCUGAUCACUGAGGCGUGCUGGGAUGUCAGCUCGUCCGGCAUCUCGCUGCAGAGCAUGGACUCCUCUCACGUCUCCCUGGUGCAGCUUACCCUCCGCAGUGACGGCUUCGACUCGUACCGCUGCGACAGAAACCUCGCCAUGGGAGUCAACCUGGGCAGUAUGUCCAAGAUCCUGAAGUGCGCCGGAAAUGAAGACAUCAUCACCGUUCGAGCGGACGACAAUGCAGACACACUCGCGCUUGUCUUCGAGACCAUCAACCAGGAGAAGGUGUCAGAUUAUGAGAUGAAGUUGAUGGACCUCGAUGUGGAGCAGCUGGGAAUUCCAGAGCAGGAGUACAGCUGUGUGAUCAAGAUGCCAUCAGGGGAGUUUGCCCGCAUUUGCCGCGAUCUCUCGCAGAUUGGAGACGCCGUCAUGAUCUCCUGCGCCAAGGAUGGCGUCAAGUUCUCUGCUAGUGGCGAGCUGGGCACGGGAAACAUCAAGCUGUCCCAAACAAGCAAUGUGGACAAGGAGGAGGAGGCGGUGACUAUUGAGAUGAAUGAGCCAGUUCAGCUCAUCUUUGCUCUCAACUACUUGAACUUCUUCACCAAAGCCACUCCCCUGUCCAAGACAGUCACCCUCAGCAUGUCAGCGGACAUUCCUCUCGUGGUGGAAUAUAAGAUUGCUGACAUGGGCCACGUCAAAUACUACCUGGCGCCUAAGAUCGACGAAGAGUCUUCUUGAGUAGGCGGAAAGUCAACAAAGAAGGAUGAAGAAGCACGUCGUGCUGCGCAUGGGUUUAAGUGUCAACGUUUGGAAACUUAUCGAGUGAUGCAUUCCCGAUUGUGUGGCGAUGUCAGCACUCGGAGAGUCUUGUUGUCUCUUUUUGCAUCCACACUUGCAGUUUGUUGUUGUAGAUACGUAUUUGUAAAUAUUUUGUGGUUUCAUGCCAUCCACCCAAUUCCCAAAUAAAAUUGAUCAACUUUU